AUGCUGGGACCAGACAAGGCCGGCCGCUACCGGUUCAGCUCAGGACUCCACCGGAUGAGUGGACUCCAGGGCGGGCCGCCGCUCUCGACGACACUGGACGUGGUGGCACACGAAGGCUUCUGGCACUUGUCAGGCACGUCUUCCGGCAGGUCCCGGCAGCCUCUGGCCUUCGUGCGGCCGCGUCCUCCACAUCUUCCUCCUCUCACGGCGCAGCACCUGUGCAGCUGCACAGCCAGCCAGCAUCCCCGGGCCCUGAACCCUUCGCGGGUCCCCGCCCGCUGCGCUGGCCUUUCUCUCCUCCGCGUGACACAGCCCUGCCGGAGGCCCGGAAGCCAGACCUGCCACCACUUCUGGACACUGGGCUGGCUUCUGCGAAGCCGGGUCCUGACCUCUCAGCCGGCCUCCAGCCCCACCCAGAGCUUGCUGGAAACGAGCUUCCUGGAAGCCCCAGGCACGGGGCCACACAGCCCGCUGACACCCUGCCAGGCUGCUGCAGGACCCUUGGCUGCCGCCGAAGGGCCCGGGGGGAAGUGUCAUGGUGUCGGUGCCCUCCCCCCACCCCUUCCUGCAGAGGACAGCAGCUCCCCGUGCCCACAGGCUGUGCAGGAGCUCAGGCCCGCGUUCCUGUGGGCAGGGAGUGCACUGCGUCCCCGAGACCGGCCGCCACCCACCACACGGCGGACGGGACCCCUGCCGACAUCCUCGCAUCAUCCCGUGACAUCAGAGCUCCCGCCUGUUCACCCUGACGCCUGGUCCCCAAGAAAACUGGCAGAGACAGAAGAGAGAGCUCCGUCCGCCCUCCAACCAGCACCCCUCGUGGGAGCACCCUUCCUCCCAGGGCGCGUCUGUCACAGUGAUGUGGCCACGCCUGACAAGUGUGACCAUCCUGUCUCCGUGGUGUCCUCGGCUCUGCCCCCGUCCCUCGGGUUUUCCUUGCUACCUUCUCAGCAAAUCUGAGUAACUUUUCACUUAAUAAAAUGUCAUUUAGCGUUUUUUAUUGUUGUUUCUAAGUCGAUUUAUAAAACUUAAAUAUCUUCUCAGUUUUAACUUUGAGUCCACUGACUUGAUGAAUAGAACGCGCACGAGGGGCGCCUGGGGGCUCAGCUGGCUGGGUGUCCGACUCUUGGUUUCGGCUCAGGUCAUGACCCCAGGGUCGGGGGAUCGAGGCCCACAUCAGGCUCCUCGCUGAGUACAGAGC